UUGGCUCUGCUAGCGUUCCGGCUCCCAUCAGCGGAGACGGCAGACGGAGAGAGACCCAUGAUGCCUAGCUGCGACCAUCCCUGCGGCUGUAGCCGAGGCCCCAGUGUGGAAGACGGCAAGUGGUAUGGGGUCCGCUCCUAUCUGCACCUCUUCUAUGAGGACUGUGCAGGGACCGCCCUCAGUGAUGACCCUGAGGGGCGUCCCGUCCUAUGCCCUCGCCGACACUGGCCCUCACUGUGCUGGAAGAUCAGCUUGUCCUUAGGGACCCUGCUUCUGCUGCUGGGUGUGGCAGCCCUGACCACUGGCUAUGCAGUGCCCCCCAAGCUGGAGGGCAUUGGAGGGGGUGAGUUCCUCGUGUUGGAUCAGCGGGCAGCCGAUUACAACCAGGCCUUGAGCACCUGCCGCCUGGCAGGCACAGCGCUCUGCAUGGCGGCUGGGAUCCUGCUGGCCAUCUGCCUGUUCUGGGCCAUGACCGGCUGGCUGAGCCCGGACACCAAGGCAGAACCCUUGGACACUGAUGCCGAUGGCCACGUGGAAGUCUUCGGGGAUGAACAAGAGCAGCAUUUGUCCCCCAUCUUCUGUGAUGCCAGCCACUUUGGGCAAUCCUCUGCGCAGACCAUCCAGCCCAAGCGGGACUUCUGAGCUGCCCACACAGCCAGAGGAAGAGCCAGAUCUGGGAUCUGGACUCUUCCUUCUCCCACCACACCCCACCCUCCCACUGUCUCCCUAACUUCUCCCUUUUAGUGGACCCUUUCCAUCUAAGUCCCCAGAAGGCCCCAUUCCAGGUAAGAAAGUCUGGAGCUCACAUCCCUGUGUCCCUUCCCAGGGGCGGGGCACUAACUCAUCUAAGAUGCCAACCUUACCAGAGUCCUCCCAAAACCUCCUACCCCCACCUCCCUCCCAAGGCCAUUCAGAGGCAGAAAACAUCUCUCUCAACCUAUCCCCACUCUUUCCUCUGUGUGACCUUGGGCAAGCUCCUUACCCUCUCAGACCACUGGUUCCUGCCUCUGUACUCUGAAGGGUUUGGACUAGAUUCUAGAGUUCCAGGGCUUUCUUUUUCUCCCCAGAAUAUAAGUAUUACCCUCCACAGGCAAAGAGGGGGAGGGGGAGAAGGGUCAUUCUCUGCCCCCUCCCUCUGUCAGCUGUGUCAGGAUGCCUUAGGAUGCAUCAUUGAUACUCUCUUGGACCAGGAUGAUGUGAACACAUUUACCCUCUCCAGCAUGUUUUCUACAUGCAUUUGGGUGUCAGUCCACCCCAUCAUGAGCUAUUACAGGCCCCAGGUUACAGAUGAGUGGAGGAGGGAGGCGGUCAGCCUGCAGGAACUUCGACCCACAUCUUCAGAUUCCUCCUGAGCCAGCUCUUCAGCUGGAGCAGAACCCCACACCUUCCUGGCUUCCAGAGGACCCCCAGGGAUGGGACAUGUUUGGCACAGAGAGACUAACUGAUGUCUAAUGGUCCCAGGUGACUCAGAAGAUACUUUGGACAUGUACGUAAAUGGUCUCUAAGAACCAAGGGGCAGGAGAAGUGGGAUGCCUUUGUCCCUCAAAGUCCACCCACCUAGAAACCAUCAUCCACAGAUCCUGACCUCACCUGGUAACAAAUGUGCUCUCCUGGAAGCACGGGUCCUUCCAUCCUGCAGUCUUCCCGGCCAGAUGCAGCAUCUCUAUUCUACCACUAGGGGGAGCGCCAAGACAGCUGGAAAGAGGCGCCCGGGACACAGCUUCUACCCUCCCGCCUCAAUCUCACCACCAGCGUAGAGGGGCCUCCUGGGAGGGUCCUCAGUCCUCCCCUACUAGACAGGCCCUACUGCCUUUGUGCCCCCACGACCCCUCCCCAACCUGCACCUUUCCAUCCCACCUUCCCCUUCAAUAAACAGCUAG